GUUGUCUGGGCUCUUUGACUGAUAGGUUGGGGCUCGAAUUCUUUUGGAACUUUUCUUCUGCAGAACGAGCGUUGUUGUGUUUGCCGAGCAGUCGAUAAACUCAAGCUACGCUGGAUGGAUUGGUAUGGGGACAGGAAGCCGCUAUCCUUUGGCUAAAAGGCUGUGUUCGGUUGCUGUUACAAUGUUCGUUUUCUCUCUGUGUCUGAAUUCAGUGCAUUGCCAGCAGUGUAGGAUUCAGAGGUGUAACGCCGAUUUUGUAGCUGCAACUUCUCCGGGGAUUGGAUUACAAGAGGAAGGCGAGGGAGCUGGAAGCACUGCUGGAGGAAACAGCGGCGAUUUCUGUAUCGCUCUCCGAGCUUACUCCCAAUGUACCAGGAAGACGGCUAAGUACUGCCGGGGAGACCUGGUCUACCACUCGGCUGUGCUGGGCAUCAGCGACCUGAUGUUGCAGCACAACUGCUCCAAGACGGGACCCACGGCCCCGGUCAGGCCGGUGGCUACAGAGAGGAGCCGUGUCCCGGAACUCUGCCGCUACCGGAGCAAAGGCAGCUCGCUGAGAGGCGCCGGCCCGCAGCCCCUCUCCUUCGCUCACUGCGGCUUGUUCGGGGACCCCCACCUCAGAACCUUUCGGAACGAGUUUCAGACCUGCAAGGUAGAGGGAGCUUGGCCCCUGAUCGACAACGUCUACCUGUCUGUACAGGUCACCAAUGUACCGGUGGUAGAGGGCUCCAGCGCCACAGCCACUAGCAAGAUUACAAUCAUAUUCAAGAGCUUUCAGGGCUGCACAGAGCAGAAGGUUUAUCAAGCGACCACAGAUGACCUUCCGUCGGCGUUUGUGGAUGGUACGACAGGUGGUAGUGAGAAGGAAGGUGAGAACAGCCUGAGAAUACUUGAGAAGGCGGGCAGUGCCCAGGUGGAAAUCCAAGCCCACUAUAUUGGCACCACCAUCAUUGUGCGCCAGGUGGGUGACUACCUGACCUUUGCCAUCAGGGUCCCCGAAGAGACUUUGAACUACGCGGAUGAGAACGUGUGCCUGCAGCUCUGCCUGCAUGGCUGCCCCCGUAACGAGCUUAUCAAGGAGCACACGCUACCCAGGAGGCCAUCCGGUGCCAGGCUGCAGCGCCCCCACCAGGCAUACACGGUGGAAAGCGCAACAGCCAAGUGCCGGGAGAUCCUCCAGGUGGAGGACGUGUACUUCCAGUCCUGUGUCUUCGACCUCCUGACGACAGGGGACCCGGCAUUCUCCAUGGCCGCCCAUGGGGCCUUGGAGGACCUGAAAGCACUGCACCUCAAUGUUCUCAAAUUGCACAGUUCACCCAGGACUGAGGAGGGUCGGAAUGGAGCUCCAUCCUGUCACCAGACAGCCCUCACUUACCUGGCAUGUCUUGUCUUAGCAAUAACCCUCAUGUAGUGAAUGUGUAUACCCACAGAAUGCAAAUUGUCUAUAUAAUAAUAUAUUGAAGUGUACAUAUGUGAAAAUGAUGUGUAAAGUGCCUGUACAUAUAGUUGUAUUGUAUGAAUUGUAUGUUGAGAACCUUUGUUAGUAACUAGAGUUUUUUUUUUGCGUACUCGUGGUUUUAAGAAUGCUUUUUUUUUCCGGGAAUGAUAUCAGAUGGGCAUCUAAUCUUUGCCUAUUAAAAAAAAUACUGUGCGAAAGUGCUUUUGAGGUCUUUCCUAUGUGGUUGGAGAUGUUUGGGUUUGCUAUUUUGCUUAUGGGUGCUGUUGAAAGAUAUUCCUUUAAGUCCCAACCCUCCCCAUCACAAACACAUGCACUCAAACUCUUCCUCUCUCUCAAUCUCAUCCCCUUCUUUCUCUUUCUGCUUGAUUCUAAGAGUGCAAGCAGAGUUGGUAGAGAAAACCUUUCCAACUGGUAGAAGGUUCAGGAGUUAGAGGACACCAGUUCACUGCCAAACAACCACAUAAGGGAAAGCUUUUCAGCAGAGUGGUUGGGAUCUGGAGUGCACUGUGAUGGAGGUAGGUUCAACAUGACUUUUAAAAAGGUAUUCAAUAAAACCCUGGAAUAGGUUAUUGCCCUUAGGCCUGAUGUCUAUUCAAUAGGACACAACUGAUCUAAAGUCCCCUUUACUGUCCCUUCUGUCGAAGCCUCCACUGAAAUGAUUGUGCAGGCCUCUCAAAAGCAGUUAGAAUGGGGCCAAGGUGAAGCACUUCUGUCAAGAUUCAGUGUGGGCUGGAUGGCCUCGCCUCUGUGGUAGCCAAUGUGUGAUGUCACAUCCUAUUCCAGAUAAAGGCCUGAAGACAGUGAAGCUCACUUUGCCUCUCCUGUGUUUCUCACACACAUCUGUGUAAUAUACAGAAUUUGCUGCAGCAACUCAUGGAAUUCCUACAGUGUGGAAACAGGCCAUUCAGCUCAUCGGGUCCACACCAACCUCUGAACAGCAUCCCACUUAGACCAACCCCUUCCCCAUAAUCCUGCACUUCCCAUGACUAAUCCACCUACCCUGGACACUAUGGGCAACUUAGAUUGGCCAAUUCACCUAACCUGCAUGGAUUUGGACUGUGGGAGGAAACUUGCACAGACAUAGGGAGAAUGUGCAAACUCCACACAGUUACCCAAGGCUGGCGUGGAACCUGUGUCCCUGGCACUGAGAGGCUGCAGUGCUGACGACAGGGCCACUCCUGAUGGCUUUUGCGGAGUGGACUCGAUGGGCCGAAUGGCCUUACUUCCACUCCUAUGUCUUAUGGUCUUUUUCCCCCUACAAUAUACCAUGAACUUGUGACCUCUAGCCCUGAGCAGAACAGGGCCAUGGGGCUGCCACAAGUUUUAAACUCCUGAGCUAUGCUCCAACCUGAUUUGGAUGCAAAAAAGCCAGUGUUAUUCACUGUCAUUAGGCUAAUUGUGGAGCCCCAUGCCUACUUUGAGAGUCAUUAAACACCUUCACUAUCCACUGGCUGAAGAAAAUGUCCCAAGUGUCUCAUGGUCAACAAAUGAUAAGAAAAAGUGGUCUGGUGUUGCCAUAUUCCUCAAAUGAUUAGUUCAUUUUCUUAAUCUUUUGAACCAUUAAGUUGGUUUGGGAAUGGAAAUAACUGUUGUACCUUCACUGCUCUGCAGGUGGUGCCAUUGAGCCACCAGCAGUAACUGCUCAAUGCCACCACCUGCAGAUAACUGCUGGUACUGCCGUGUAAAAUCUGCACAGGAGCCAAUAACCAGAGCACAAAUGGAAAAAGGGCAUUGACUAUUUUUGUGUACAGGAACUUGAAUAGAUAUUUAUCAGAUGGAGUAUAUUUUCAUUUAGAAGGGCAAGUUUGUUUUGCUACAUGUUACAGUAGAAAUUAUUAGAUUUCAUAGAAUCCCUAUAGCGGGGAAGCAGGCUAUUCGGCCCAUCAAGUCCAUAUUGACCAUGUGAAGAGCAUCCCAACCAGACCUGCCCCCUACCUUAUUCCUGUAGCCUUUUAUUUCCAAUGGCAAGUCCUCUUAACCUGAACAUCUUUGGACUGUGGGAGGAAACCCAUGCAGACAUGGGGAGAAUGUGUAAUCUCCAUAUAGACAGUCACCCAAGGGUGGAAUUGAACCUGGGUCCCUGGUGCUGAGUCACCAAGCUGCUCCAAUUAUUAAUUCCACAACAAACACAGGAAAUGUUAGAGAAGGUUGUUUGAUCUGGCAACAUCAAUGAGGAGAGAGACAGAAGAGCUAACCUUUCUAAUCUGAAUGGAGUCCUUUCUCAGAACUGUUCUUCAAAGCUUCCCAUUCCGGGUAACCAACAGCCUUGUACUUUAAGGGCUGUCCCGUGUUUUAAAUACCUUGUUCCUUAAGGAAUGCCUUUGGUCCCAUAUUUGCAGGAGAGCUUCUGGAAGUUAUGUUUGUGUGUUCGAGCAAGACUGUGAAUGAGUUGACCAGCAGAAAGAUCACAAUUUUGUGAUUCAACAAAAUAAAUUGAAGUCAUUUUUUAGAUUACUUACAGUGUGGAAACAGGCCCUUCAGCCCAACAAGUCCACACCAACCCGCCGAAGCGCA